UGACGACACGGCGCUCAUUGGCGGGAUGUGUUAAAAUAGCUUGAUCCACGCGCAAGAUAAACAGUCCUCUCAGAACACUUCAGGGAAUAAAACAUUUUGGAACAGAGAUGAAGAAGACAUUUCAAUGAACUUCGAAAACUCAGAAGUUACAAAAAGCUUUCAUCUGUGCCAACACGUUCAUUUACGGUCCAAUGAAAACAUUAUUGUGCUAUUGUGCUUGGUUCGGAUUUAACCCCUUCACACCCAUGGCAGCAUGUUUGACAACUUCUUUAAUCAAAUUGACAAAGAGCUUGGACCUCUUAAUCCUGACUGGUUUGAGGAGUUGACUGCAAAAGCUUUCAGAGAUGAAGGGCGUCCUAAAAGUUCAAAAGUUGAGGAGGAGGAGACUGUCAAAGUAUCAGCCACAUCAGCCCUGGCCAGCCAUUCUACACCCAAAAUAUUCAAGCAACCACACUUUCAGUCCCCUGCUUCCAUUCUUAAUGAAGAGUCCCCUUAUGAAGUGGUUAAUGGAGACUCAUCAGCUUUUCCCUGGACAGAUUCAAGCCCUUGUUUGUUUGGUUCAGAGUCAGACAAAGACAGUCAAAGAUUUGAUAGAUCCUGUGAAAAACCUAGAGAUUACUUUGGCCUUCUAGAUACACCAAAAAGGUCUUUGGCACAUUCGGCAAAACAGAUAUCUGAGAGCCUGGGGGCACAAAUCAACCCUGACCUAUCCUGGACCAGCUCCUUUAACACACCAUCCUCUUUGGCUCCCACUGUGAUAUUGCCCGAAACAGAGGAACACGCUCCAUCAGCAAGUGGCCUCAAAGACAAGGAAGCAACUUUUGUCCGGAAACUCUUCCCAUCUCUCUCGAAAGGAUCUGCAAGCAAUGCAACAUUAAGUGAUACAUCACUAAAACAAGAGGUGAUAGCUGAAAGUGAGACUAUUCAGUCUGAUGACCUGGGAGAAAAGCCUGUUUGCUCUCCAAAUACAUCUCUUGAUACAAGUGGUCUGUGGAAGCAGAAGGUUCCCAGCGCUAUAGAGGAUGGGGACGUACGCAACACAGUGCAGAAUGUUCUUGAUGGUGCAGAGGACGUAUUGUCAAUAUUCUUUAGCAACAGCACAGCAACUCUGCGAAGAAGCAAAACCAAGGAGAGGAUCAGAAGGAGAAUAACAGAUUCCUCAAAAGAUGUCAAAUCAGUUGUUCUAACUUCAGAGUCAGAAGAGAUAUUAAAGGAUGAUGUAGAAACAAAAAGGCCCUGCAAAAACAAAGAUGACACUCAAUGGACUCCCCUAAGUUUCUCAGAAUCCACUCUUAAUAUUGACUGUUCGGACGUGUCUUUGAUAAACAAUCACAACAAUGUAGCAUCCAGUGAAAUUAAUGGUUGUACUGUUUUCAACUGCAUUGCAGAAAAUAGCCAAACUUUUCCACAGACUGUAAGACUCAAGUCUUAUCCAGAAGGAACUCAGUGUCAGAAGCCUUUGUUAGACAAAUCGCCUGCUUUCAUGCUUUCUAGAAAGCCCAGAAAGUUUGUGUAUCAAGUGCCAAGUUCAGAUCUGUCAAAGACAGUAAUUGAACACAAAGAAACCCAACCAGUAUGUUUGGACCAAACACUCAAAGAAAAUCCCUCAGUGGAAGAGGUGUCUAGUGACCUUAAUAAAUCCACAGUCGCCAGUGAAAAUGCAAUCAAUAAUCAUACACAGCCACAAGACUUCAAACAGUUAUCUACAGAAAUCCAUGAUCCUGAUUUAGGACUGGAUAUGACGCAGCUUUCCAAGGCAUUUGCAGAGGAUUUCACACAAGAAAUAAUGCCAGGAGCACUGCUUGACGUGGCUGUAAAGGGUGAUCAAAAUGGCCAAGUGCAACAUAAAGCAGAACUGGAGGAGAAGAACGAAGAUGGUAGUCAAAAUGACAUCUCUAAUUUAGCAGACAUAUCUGUGAACUCUCCAAACAAGUCAACAGUCAUGCUUACAACUUUUGAAAUCAGUCACGACAGUGGUUGCCCCACCACCUUUUCAGAUUUGGAUAGUACAACAACCUCUUGUGCAGACAUCAAAGAGUUUUUUCCUUCUUUUAAAAUGGCAAACAACAAGGCCAUUUCCAUACCGAAUAAGACUAUAAUGAAGGCCAAAGCAUCAUUAGAUGAAGCUGCAGGGGAUGUUUUGAUCAACACAUUAAAUGGAACUACUCUGAAACAUCAAACAAUAGAAACAUUGUGCAAAUCAGUAUCGGGAAGCACUAAUGCAAACAGAUCGCCCAUAGAACAAUCCAUCUUCCCUAACCAUGCAUCAAGACUGCGUGUUAGCGAUGCUCCAAAGAGUGACAGUUCAAAGAGCUUUAAAAUUAAUAUUUCAAGCUGCUCUUCACCACAGUCAAAUGAAUCUGAUUAUAAAACCGGUUUAAAGAGGAAUAUUACAGUUUCAAAUGUUGGCUUUCUAACAGAGACUCUAUUGAAAGAGGAAUUGGGGAGAGGUUCAGACUCAUCAAAGUGCAUUCAUCAAAAAUUGGAUUUCAAAAGAAUUGCUGAAAGACAGACCAUGUUCAACAUUAAUAGCGCACACAAUCCCACCGCAGUGGACUCCAGCCGUGAAGAUGAUGAGGAGAAUGGCACGUUGACAGCAUCUCAAAAGGCUGAUGUUACAGAAUUGUGCAAUCUUUUGGAGGAAGCAAAUAGUCAACAUGAAUUUACCCAGUCCAAACCAGCAAAUCAUUUCUCAGACAACCACACUACAGAGAAAGAGUGGGAUCCCGAUAUACUCUACGGCAUUGACUUUGAUGAUAGUUUUAACUGUGAUGUGAAAGAAAAGCAUCCCAUCAAGACGGACUCUUCUUCAGUAAACGCUUCUGAUCAUAUUCAAAUUGUAGAUGCUUACAAAUUACCAUGCCCCAUGUCAAAGGAAACGCAAAAUGGCAUUGUGCCUUUGUCAGUGGCUGAAGACGGUUCUUUAGUUGAUGGAAUUAAGAGUAUACAGUCUCAUUUCAGUGAUAAUACUCCAGUUCAUUUUUUUGGUUUUAAAACUGCUAAAGGGGAAGCUAUAAGCAUAUCAGAAAAGAGUUUAAACAAUGCAAGGCACGUUUUUGAAGAGGAUGAUCAAAAAGCCGUGUGUAUUAAAGAAGUCAAGGUGGAUAUUGGAUUAAUAAAGCCAGAACAUGUUGAAACAGAGCCUACAUUCAAUACUUUUGAUAGUAUGAGCACAGAAAAUAAAACCUACCUUCAGAUUAAACAAGAUGUAAAUUUCAGCUCUCUAAAUGUAAAUGCAGCUUGUAAAGAGAGAAAUAAGCAAGUGAUAGAAAAUGAAGGAACAGAGCAGAAUUGUUUAGGUGAAAAAACAGAUGUUUUUUGUGUUGACUCCAAUAGUCAUUUUGGUUUUAGUACAGCCAGCGGAGCAAAGCUGAAAGUGCCUGAAAAGGCUCUCCUGCAAGCAAGAAAACUUCUUAAUGAUGUUGACAGCUUAGAAGAGUCACAAACACACAAACUCACUCUCCAUGCUUCUGGAAACCAUAAUGGCUCUAUGUCAACAACUAGCCUUAAGAAAACAAAAGCAGUUUCUAGGAGUAAUACCUCUAUAAAAAUAAGUGAGCCGUACUUAGUAACCAAAAUAUCUGAUGGUGUGGAUAGGCUUUGCUUCAACAGCGAGAAGGUCUUUCAAGAACAGAAAUCUAGCAGUGAUCCUAAAGAAGUUUUCUCAAAGAUUUUUCCCACAGAAACUUUUUCGCUUCAGUCAGAGGAAGGCUAUGGUUUUCAGACCGCCAGUGGGAAAGGAGUUUCAGUUUCAGCCUGUGCCCUUAAGAAGGCAAAGGACAUAUUUAAAGACUGUGAUGAAAAUAUUGACUUGAAAAUGGAGGGAAUCAAUGACAAACUGGAUGUUGAAAUCAAACAAGUAAAUGCAUUUACUCCAAACUGUAAACGUGUGACAUUUUCAGAUGUGUCAUUCAUGGAGGCCAACACUGUUCUCAAUGACUCUGACGUGACCGAUGAUGACUUAUUGCUGUCCUCUUCAGUCCAGCAACCCCCUCAGAAAGACCUUCAGAGUGAAUUUUCUAAGCAUCCUUAUGAGUUGCUUCCUCGUAACGGCAACUGUGGUUUCAGUACUGCCAGUGGUAAGAAGGUGUCCAUCUCAGCUGGAGCACUACAAAGUAGUAAGGAUCUGUUGUCUGAUGAUGGUUUCUCAUGUGCUGAUGGAUCUCCAAAGACAAAGAAGGUUGUUGAUAUUCAAACGGACACUAGCUCUAUAAGAAAACACAAAGGAUUCUCUACAGCAGAUGGGAAGAAGGUGGCUGUCUCUGCUGCAGGGCUGCAAAGGGCAAAGAAUCUCUUCAGAGAUUGUGAAGAAGAGCGCUUAUCAUUUGAAGAUCUUCAGCACCAAAACUUUAAAGGUUUCAGUGAUGUCUCAAAAAAGCCACUGACUAAGAUAAGGAUGGCAUUUGCAGGUUGCAGUGACAUCUCCUUCAGCCAUGAGCAUGAGACUGGGGAUUCUUCAGGAAACAACAUAGGAUUCUCUACAGCAGGUGGGAAGAAGGUGGCCGUCUCUGCUACUGGGCUGCAAAGGGCAAAGAGUCUUUUUAAAGAUUGUGAAGAGGAGAGUUUAGCUUCUGGGAGUCAUCACCACCAAGUCUGUCAGGGUUUCAGCACUGCCAGUGGCAAAGAUGUUACCAUCUCCGAAAAGGCACUGAGUGAGGUUAGAGCAGCAUUGGCAGGUUGUGAUGACACCUCCUUUCAUCAUGAGCCUGAAAAUACUUCAGGAAACAACAUAGGAUUCUCUACAGCAGGUGGGAAGAAGGUGGCCAUAUCUGCUACUGGGCUGCAAAGGGCAAAGAGUCUUUUUAAAGAUUGUGAAGAGGAGAGUUUAGCUUCUGGGAGUCAUCACCACCAAGUCUGUCAGGGUUUCAGCACUGCCAGUGGCAAAGAUGUUACCAUCUCCGAAAAGGCACUGAGUGAGGUUAGAGCAGCAUUUGCAGGUUGUGAUGACACCUCCUUUCAUCAUGAGCCUGAAAAUUCUUCAAGAAACAACAUAGGAUUCUCUACAGCAGGUGGGAAGAAGGUGGCCGUCUCUGCUACUGGGCUGCAAAGGGCAAAGUGUCUUUUUAAAGAUUGUGAAGAGGAGAGUUUAGCUUCUGGAAGUCUUCAGCACCAAGUCUGUCAGGGUAUCAGCACUGCCAGUGGCAAAGAUGUUACCGUCUCCGAAAAGGCACUGAGUGAGGUUAGAGCAGCAUUUGCAAGUUGUGAUGACACCUCCUUUCAUCAUGAGCCUGAAAAUACUUCAGGAAACAACAUAGGAUUCUCUACAGCAGGUGGGAAGAAGGUGGCCAUCUCUGCUAAUGCAGUUCAGAGGGCCAAGUGUCUUUUUAAAGAUUGUGAAGAGGAAAAUUUAUCAUACGAGGAGGUCCCACCUCAAACUAAGAGUUCUCAUAAAAGCAGUGAGGAUAUGGUGGAUGGAAACCUAAAAUUUGAACAACUUAACAAGAAAAAUUAUGGUUUCAGUACUGCAGGUGGGAAAGGUGUGUCUGUAUCAGAAGUUGCCCUUGAGGAAGCUUCUAAAUUAUUCAGAGAUUGUGAUGCCCAAGUUACUUUUACUGAUAGCCAGCUGCUACAGAGUGAUUCCUCAGAAUGCCGUCCUCAACAUAAAGAUAGACAAACCAAAACCACUCUGCAUCCUUUGCCAUCUAAAGCAACUCAGAAUGAACAUGCAAAACUAGACUUGCACUCUUUGGAUUUUUACAGUUGCACAGACACCCAGCAGAAAUACUUUGAGCAGGAAGCAAUGGCUUGCACUAAAGCUUUACUGGCAGAUGAUGACCUGAAUGAAUCAGGCAGUUUGGCGAUGACAGAGGACCAAAAAUAUCCAUUUGUUCAUGAACUACAGGCACAGGGAUCUUUUGGCCAUAAGAGAAGGAAGCGUCCAUUUGAUGCCAGAAAUAUAGCAGGUCAGCCUCCUUUGAAAAGACAACUUCUCUCAGAGUUUGACCGGACGUUAGAUACAAAGACCUCAGGCCUCACACCACUUAAAAGCUGUCCAAAUGGAACGUUAAGAGACAGGCGUGUCUUCAGUUACAAUGUCCACCUCAAGUCAAAUGUCACUGGUCCAGAUUGGCAUCCUGUGGACCAAAAGUCAGAUGACCUCGAGCAACCGUGUUCAACUGUAUCUAUCCAAAACAGAUGCUACUCAGACCCUAAAGGAGGGGUGUUUGUGCCCCCUUUUCAAAAGGGUAUGAAGACUGGGACAUCAGUCUGUCAAGAUGUUUCUGAAGUGUCCACAGGUUUUAUCCCACCUUUCAAGAAGGAAAACAAAGAAACAACUGAACAUAGCAAUCAAAUAGACCAAACUUCUAUAUCACAUAAUGACAGUGUUGCACGAUAUUGUGAUAGGAAGAACCAACACGAGGGUUCUGACCCUAAACCAACCACUUCAGUGGAAAGCAUACCUUUGAAAAUCAUGGACUCUGAAGAGAAAGACACAGAGGCAUGCUGGGAGACCUUGAACCUAGCUAGGGAUAUGCAAGACAUGAGACUCAGAAAGAAGAAAAGGCAGACUAUUCGUCCACUAUCUGGCAGCCUUUACCUUGCUAAGACGUCUGGUGUCCCCAGAAUAGGUCUGAGAGAUGCUGUGGGACGCAAAUGUCCUGGUCAAUACACACAGGAGGAGCUGUAUCAGCAUGGUGUACAUCACAAGGUCUCACUAAUAAAAAGUGAAAAUGCUGAAUCAUUCAGAUUUGACUGUAAUGACUUCUUCAAAUGUGAGGUCCUCAUGGAGUCUGGUGCUGUCCAGCUGGCAGAUGGAGGCUGGUUGGUUCCAGACAAUAAGGGUUCUGUGGGCAAAGAUGAAUUUUAUAGAGCAUUGUGUGACACACCUGGUGUCGAUCCCAAACUGAUCAGUGAUACCUGGGUAUUCAACCAUUACCGAUGGAUUGUAUGGAAACGGGCCUCCAUGGAAAGAACGUUUCCAGAUUUGAUGGGUAACCUAUGUUUGACUCCAGAGCAAGUACUUUUGCAGCUAAAAUUCAGAUAUGAUGUGGAGGUGGACCACAGUCAGCGAUCUGCUCUCAGGAGGAUCAUGGAGAGGGACGACACUCCAGCUAAGACGUUAGUGCUCUGUGUAUGUGGUGUUGCUCAAACUGGUCAACAUCCAGAAAAGCCAGUAAAAGAUGACAAAACUCCUAAUGCAAAGAUGGAGACCUGUGUGGUCUGGCUCACAGAUGGCUGGUAUUCCAUCAAAGGCCAGUUAGACAUUCCGCUCUCUGCCAUGCUGAACAAGGGCCGUCUCCAAAUCGGUGAUAAGAUUGUGACCAGUGGAGCUGAGUUGGUUGGUUCCCAAGAAGCCUGUCCUCCUCUGGAAGCUCCUGAAUCUCUGAUGCUAAAGAUUUCAGCCAACAGCACAAGACGAGCUCGGUGGGACACUAAGUUGGGUUACUAUCGUGACCCUCGGCCUAUCAGCUUUCCACUGUCAUCACUGUUCACUGCUGGAGGUGUUGUAAGCUGUGUGAACAUUGUGGUGUUGAGAAGUUACCCCACUCAGUGGAUGGAGAAGAAGCCCAAUGGUGUCUUUAUAUUUCGCAAUGAUCGUGCAGAAGAUCGAGAGGCCAGAAAACACAGCAUCUCCAAGCACAAAUCCAUGGAUCUUCUUAUUUCCAAAAUACAGACCCAAUUCGAAAAAGAAAUGGAAGGUAAAAAGAAAAGUCAAGGCCAAAGGAGGACAUUUAGUCGACAUGAGAUUGAAGCACUGCAGGAUGGGGAAGAGUUAUAUGAGGCAAUGGAGCGGGAUCCUGCUGUUGAGACCCAUCUAAGUGCGAGUCAGAUGGAUGCAGUGAGUAAGUACAGACGCUGUUUGGAGGAAAAGAGGCAGGCGGAGCUGCAGGAGCGUGUGCAGAAGGCUGUAAUGGAAGCCCAGGAGGCUGAGGGUGGGUGUCCCAAUCGAGAUGUAACUCCUGUUUGGAAGCUCAGCAUUACUGAUGCCAAAGACCUGCAGAGCAACUGUGUUUACACCCUGAAUAUCUGGCGCCCAUCGCAAGACUUGUAUGGCUUGCUCAGAGAGGGCCACAGAUAUAGGGCGUAUCAUCUUGCCACAUCAGAGGGGAAGAAACGCUCAGGCAUUGCUCACAUCCAGUUCACUGCCACCAAGAAAACACUCUUCCAGGAUGUUGAGGUGUCUCCAGAAUGGUUGCAUCAGCAUUUUCGUGCUCGAGAAUGCGUAAGCUUCAAAGAACUUCAAAACCCUCAGUUCAGCUCACCUUGUGGGGAGGUUGACAUAGUGGGAUGUAUUGUCUCUAUAGAUGGCAAACAAGGCCGUUGCCCAUUACUGCAUCUUGUGGAUGAGAACUUUGACCUGGUCUCUGUGAGAACCUACAGUAGUCUGGAGCAGUUAGCUGUAGAAGAGCUGGUAAAGCUGCGAGCACUGGUCGCUCUUAGUAAUCUUCAGGCGAGACCAUACUCUGGACCUGUGCCAAGCCUUUAUGCAGGAGAACAAGCAGUAUUUUCUGUAAACCCCAAAGAAUCCCAUCUACAAGAAGCUAUGACCCGUCUGAAGACUUUUGUCCAGACUUGUCAGCAUUUUUUCAGCAUUGCGGAGGAGAAGGUCUCAGAUGUUGUUCCUUCAGGUGUCUUGAGUUCUUUUCAGUCUCCAAGAACUCCUUGUGUGCAGUCUAAUCCAAAAAUUAAUGGCAGGGUAACCCCACAGCAGAAGAGCGUCAUUUUCUCACCUUUCACUCCACUGAAUAGGAGAACUCCUGCAUCUGCAUGUAACAGCGAGGGAAAAGACCCCAAAUGUUUGAAAAGAAGGCGCGGUUUGGACUACCUGUCACGUAUCCCAUCCCCUCCACCCCUCACUCCUCUGCAAAAAACAGCUUCUCCCUGUGUUAACAGGACCUUCAAUCCACCACGGAGAUCUGUGACUCCCAAACCUCCACAGAAUGAGUCACCUCGAGCCUCAUGUCCCCCACCGGGCGAGGAGAAGUGGGUGCAUGAUGAAGAGCUGGCGAUGAUAGACACCCAGGCGUUACUUGAAGGCUGAUGGGGAAAAGUGUGACUCUCCUGUUGAAACAUUAAAUCAGAUUUGCAGUGGAAAUGAGCUUCACAGACUGUUGACCUCGUAGACCCACCACCUGAGGUCUGGACCAGCAGAGCUCGCAGAGUGACCCUCGACUUCACCCUGCUGUAAAUCUUUUUCCGCUCACUUUUUUUUUCCCCCAACUUUAAUCUCAUGAACAUGCACGGUGAGAGGAGGAUGUGCAAUUUUUUUCAGGAUUAGGAGUUUGGGAUUUUGUGGCUGGAUAAGUUUAACUAUCACGGUUUAUUUUCCAUCCCGAAUGAGAGUCCCAUUUGAUUUGCAUGCAAGGAAGCAGAGUAUCGAUGGUCCGUGCAGCUAGUGGAGAAAAUGAUUUGGAGAUGCUGAAAUUCAUAAAAAGUUCUAAUUAAACAGAGCUGUUAAGUGAAGUGUCUCGUUAUCUGGGUAUCAUUCAUUUUUCAAUCAGAACCAUUUAGAACACAUUGUCCUUGUAAAUAAAUACCACUUUACCGGAACACAAUCUUAGCAGUCUUCUCCUGACCUCAACACUUCCUUUGUUUCCAAACCAUUUCAUCCUAUAGGAUAAAAAUAAAAGUUCCAAUAAGGGUUUUCACACCGGUUUUGUUUCCCAAGGAGCCUUUCAGUGCACAAUUGUUGUUGUUUUUUUCUUGUGUGAAGAACAUUUUAAAUAUCUAAAGAACCUUUUUCUACUAUAAAGAACUUUUUGUGAAAUGGAAAGAUUCCAUAGAUGUUAAAGGUUCUUCAUGAAACCUUCAAUGCCAAUAAACAACCUUCAUACGAGUGUAGGUUGCAAAGAACACUGGCUUUCAUAGAUCAAUUGAAACUGUUUGUAGUCACAAUAACAAAUGUUUAAUAAAUGUUUUUUCUGUCGAUGAAGUGGAAAAAUAUCGCUGGAAGAA